AUGAGGGAUCGCCUCGCCGAGCUUGUAACGGCGCGAGGGCCCGAUGAACCUACAGACACAGUUGUUUCAAUUCCAGAUGGGAAUUCAAACUUUAUGCAGGAUUUCUUCAACCAGGUCGAAGAAAUCCAAUCCGACAUUGACAAAAUCCAAGCCAAAGUAGAAGAUGUCAAGUUAAAACAUUCGACGAUCCUGAGUAGUGCCCAGACAGAUGACAAACUGAAUGAACAGCUGGAAGAGCUGAUGGCGGAAAUCAAACGAACGGCAAAUCGCGUCCGGUCGAGGCUAAAAGCAAUCCAGCAACAGAUCGAGCAAGAAGAGUCGACUCAGAACCAAUCCGCAGACUUCCGUAUCAAGAAAACUCAGCAUUCGACGUUAUCGAGGACGUUCAUAAAAGUUAUGAACGAGUAUAACCAGGAGCAAAACUUAUACAGGGAUCGAUGUAAACAGAGGAUCGAAAGACAACUGGGAAUCAUCGGAAAAGCAGCAACAGACAACGAAAUCGAAGAAAUGAUCGAACAGUCGAAAGAUGGAAACUUACAAAUGUUCACGGGGAUUAACAUGGACGCGCAGCAAACGCGUGAAAUCGAGGCACGUCACAACGAUAUUUUACAAUUGGAGAAGUCGAUCAAGGAGCUGCACGAUUUAUUCAUGGAUAUGUGCCAGCUUGUCCAAGAGCAGGGCGAAAUGGUAGACCGCAUCGAGUACAAUGUCGAGAACUCGGUCAACUACGUCUCGAGUGCCGUCAGUGACACUAAAAAGGCGAUCAUGUACCAGUCCAAAGCGAGACGGACCCGAUGCGAGCCCGUCUACACCUACGUCGAGCCCGAGCCAGUCAUCGUCCAGCAGCCACAGACCGUCGACACCGUCUUCCGCACCUGGCAAGUCGACCCCGUCACCGGUGAGCGAACUCUCGUCAACGAGGAGACCAACUCCCAAGUCGUCUAUGGAAACUAA